UAAACGAGGAUAAAAUAACGAAAGGCAAGGCUUAGAUUUUGAUAAUUUUAUUAGCGCAUUGUUGUUUAGUGGAAUAUUAUCAAAAUGCCGGAUCAUUUAGGUAAUGAUAUGCGUAAGGUAAAACACGAGGAUGACAAAGAUGAAAAACCUAUUCAAGCUCUAGAUGAAGGUGAUAUUGCUCUUCUAAAAACAUAUGGUGCUGGACCAUACUCAAAGGCUAUCAAGCAAGUUGAAGAUGACAUCACCUCAAUAUCUAAAAAAGUAAAUGAAUUGACAGGCAUUAAGGAAUCUGACACUGGACUAGCCAACCCAGCGCUAUGGGAUCUACCAGCCGAUAAGCAGACACUACAAAGCGAACAACCUCUACAGGUCGCCAGGUGUACAAAGAUUAUCAACGCUGACACGGACGAUGCCAAGUACAUCAUCAACGUCAAGCAGUUCGCCAAGUUUGUCGUGGAUCUUCACGACCAAGUGGCCCCCACAGAUAUUGAGGAAGGCAUGAGAGUCGGAGUUGAUAGGAAUAAGUACCAGAUUCACAUUCCGCUUCCACCAAAGAUUGAUCCGACUGUCACUAUGAUGCAGGUAGAGGAAAAGCCAGAUGUCACUUAUUCUGAUGUCGGAGGCUGCAAAGAACAAAUUGAAAAGCUGCGAGAAGUUGUAGAGACGCCACUAUUGCAUCCUGAAAGAUUUGUAAACCUAGGCAUAGAACCUCCAAAGGGUGUGCUAUUGUAUGGGCCGCCAGGAACUGGGAAGACACUAUGUGCCAGGGCAGUUGCUAACCGGACAGAUGCCUGCUUCAUCAGAGUAAUAGGAUCGGAGCUUGUACAAAAAUAUGUAGGGGAGGGGGCAAGAAUGGUACGUGAAUUAUUUGAAAUGGCAAGAACGAAGAAAGCGUGUUUAAUUUUCUUUGAUGAGAUUGAUGCUAUUGGGGGUGCAAGAUUUGAUGACGGAGCAGGAGGAGACAAUGAGGUCCAGCGAACAAUGUUGGAGCUAAUCAACCAACUGGAUGGCUUUGACCCAAGGGGCAACAUCAAAGUCCUAAUGGCCACCAACCGGCCUGAUACCUUGGAUCCUGCACUGAUAAGGCCCGGACGGCUUGAUAGAAAAGUUGAAUUUGGUCUCCCUGACCUUGAGGGAAGAUCACAUAUUUUUAAGAUUCAUGCCAGGUCGAUGAACGUUGAGAAAGAUAUUAGAUAUGAGCUUUUGGCCAGACUUUGUCCCAACACAACUGGAGCGGAGAUCAGGAGUGUGUGCACCGAAGCCGGAAUGUAUGCCAUCCGUGCCCGAAGGAAAGUCGCAACUGAGAAAGAUUUUCUGGACGCUAUUAACAAAGUGAUUAAAUCUUACGCAAAAUUCAGCUCAACUCCACGUUACAUGACCUAUAAUUAAGCUUCCCAUUUAGAAGUUUAAAAUAAUUGUUUAUUUUCUUUCUUGGCCAACGUGAUAAAAAAGCAAAAACAGAGUUAUGUGGCUUAAGUCUGAUGGAAACGAUCCUUUUGUGUGUCUCUGCAAAACCAAUUGAGCUUAUACAUUGUGAGAACUGUCUGUAAGAAUAACAGCUUCACGUUGCUGCGAUUGUACAUGGUUAUGUCCACUGAAUUUUUUCAACCUACAUUUAACAAAAACUAUGGGUAUGUAUUUUGAACGGCUGUUUUGUUGGUUAGCACUGUUUAUGCAAGUACUGAAUAAAGUAACACCUUUUAUAUUCUCGCGCCCUUAAUUUUCGCGAUAAAACGAA